GUUUUCCGAUCAAGUUUUCCUACCAAACAUCCCUAAUUCUCCGACCAAGAAAACCGUGUAAUCAUCUGAAAGUGUCUUUCCAAGAUCGCAACAUGAGCGCCUUCUGAACUCUGAGCGUCUAUCUCCUCUCCAUCGUUUCUUUCCUCUUAAUUAUAUCUUUCUCUCUUUAUCACUCCACCCUAACCAAAAAGACGAAUAGAGCAACGAGAGAGAGAGAGUUGAGAAACAGUUUGUGUGUGGCUUCCCAAAAUCGAAACGUAAACAAUCGUCUUUUACCGAUUGUGAAUCUGUUACCUUUCAUCCUUCCUUCCCUUUUUUCCACUCCCUCCCCUCGCCAGCACACUCAACGGGGAAAAACACUAGUUCAUAAAAGAUUCAAGAGAGGGAAGAUAAUUAAGCAAAUAUGGCUAUCGCCGACAGUGUUGUCAAUUUUCUCUUGAAAAACUUGUUCGAUCUACUCAAAGAAGAAGCAAAUUUCCUUGCUGGAGUGGAGGAUAAAGUCAAUUUACUUCAUGAUGAGCUCAGUUUUAUAAAUAUCUUCCUGGAGAGCUCCGCGGAAAAACGGAAAGAUAAAAUAGUAAAUGAGGUAGUCCGGCAAAUCAGGGACGUGGCUUACGAGGCUGAGGAUACGAUCGACCAUUUCAUCUACAAUGUCGCAAAACACAGGAGGAGGAGCGCAAUAAGGAGGAUGUUUCAUUUACCUUGUAACACAUUGAUGCUUCGAAAUGUUGGAAAGAAUAUAGUAGGCAUCAAGGAGAAAAUCGAAGAAAUCUACAAGAAUAGAGAAAGGUACGGCAUUGAAAGAGUUGAAGCUUCUGGAAAUGCAGUCGAGGAGGAGGCAAUGCACAGACGUAGGAGAGAAGUCGAGGAAGAUGACGUGGUGGGCUUCUUUCAUGACUCGACGACAUUGGUAAAGCAACUUACGGAAGGGAAUCUUAAGCUCGAUGUCAUUUCAAUAAUCGGUAUGGGCGGGCUGGGCAAGACGACUCUUGCCAGGAAAAUAUACAAUAAUCUUCUUGUCAAGAGGCACUUUAACUGCCAUGUAUGGGUGUGUGUAUCUCAAGAUUUCAGAAGUAGAGAACUGUUACUUCAAAUUUUAAAGCAGUUGGGAAUGGGACUUCAUGAAGACAUGAGUGAGGAUGAACUAAAAAAGCAGCUAGUCAGAUGCUUGCGAGGGAGGAGGUUCCUGGUAGUCUUGGACGACAUAUGGAGAGCUGAAGUUUGGGAUGAGGUAAGAUCUAUGUUUCCUGAUAACUCCAAUGGAAGCAGAAUAUUGAUCACUAGUCGAAAUAAAGAAGUGGCGUUAAAUGCAAGCCAUACUGCACCUUGCGAUCUCCCAUUUCUUAACAAAAAUGAAAGCUGGGAACUCUUCCGUAAGAAGGUGUUCCGAGGAGAAACAUGUCCUCCUGAAUUAGAAACUCUUGGGAGACAAAUCGCAGAAGGUUGUCGAGGCUUACCACUUUCAAUUGUGGUAUUAGCAGGCCGUUUAAGAAAAAUGGACAAGUCAAUGCACAUAUGGUCGAAAUUUGUUGGUGAUGUAACUAGUUUGCUUAAUAGUUACGAGGAUACAAUAAUAUGCCAGAAAAUACUAUCCUUAAGCUACACCGAUCUGCCCGGGUACUUGAAACCAUGCUUUUUGUAUUUUGGUAUAUACCCAGAAGACUUUGAGAUCCAGGUAAGUCGAUUGAUUGACCUGUGGGUAGCGGAGGGUUUCAUACAGCGCACUAACAAUAGAUUACCGGAGGAUGUUGCUGAACUAUACUUGGAGGAGCUCAUUGAUCGAAGCUUGAUCCAAGUGGCUCACAGGAGGAUAGAUGGAGGUGUAAAGACAUGCCGUAUCCAUGAUCUUUUGCGAGAUCUCUGCAUAUCGGAGAGUGCGGAAGAGAAGUUUCUAGAGGUUCAUUCAGGUUACAGAAACAAUUCCCGUAGACUAUCCAUCAUCCAAGGUAACGACACUCGUCGAUAUAUGUCUUCAAACCUUCCUGUCCCUAAAAAUGCCCGUUCCGUGUUCUUCUUUGGGACUCAUAGAUUGUAUGGUAGCUGUGUUACCUGGAAAUGGCUAAAAGAAAACUUCAAAUUGCUUCGGGUGAUUGAUUACGUAUCGGAUUCAGUCGUGCCCAAAAGCAUAGAAACAUUUAUCCAUUUGAGGUACUUGAGGAUAGAGGGUCCGAUUCCUAAUAACCUUGUUUUUCCAGAUUCUAUUUGCAACCUUACGAAUCUUGUGACGCUUUGGGCAAAUAUCCUUGGUGCUUCAAAUAAAUAUUUGCCAAAGGGCAUAUUUAAGCUGCAGCGUCUUAGGAAUCUGUAUCUGUCUGAGGGAUGGUCGUUACCUUGGGAUUCAGAGGGAGUUCUAUGGAACCUCCAAGUCCUUUCCAUCUUAACAAUUAACUAUGAUCCUAAAAAUCGUAGUUUCCUUGUCGUACCGGAAAAGUUUCCUAAUCUAAGACAUUUAAAAAUGUUAAUUUAUAGACCGUCGACAUUGGAGGCGGGGCAUGAAGAAGAUUCUUUUCCAAGCCUCCACCAUUUAGCUCAUCUUGAGACAUUGAAAAUUCUGAAUUGCAGAAUGCUUGUUGGAUAUCCGAAUUCAAUUCCAUCGACAGUCACCAAGCUAACAUUACAAAGGGUUGAAAGAGUCGAUGCCUGCGUGGCAGAGCUGGGAAAGCUUCCCAACCUUCGGAUACUGAAACUACAAGGAUUAGGAUAUGAAAAUCAAAAUGUUAGCAUCCACGUCAUUGCACAUUCGUUCCCUCAACUCCAAUUCCUCAAAUUGUGGGAUUUGAGUAUUGAAGAAUGGAGAAAGGAGACAAGUGCAAUGCCAAGGCUUACGCAUUUGGUUAUCAAUCGUUGCCAUGAAUUUACUAGCUCACCAGAACUAUUGAGUUGCACCACUUUGCAAUCUGUGAAGGUGUUCCAGAGUCCAAGAUUGGCUAGAAUGCUUAGAAAUUUGCCGGGGGAAGUUGGGUUUACGCUACUGAUCAAUGACUAGAGACUGAGAACUUCAACGGAUACUGAAAUGGUGUUCAUUUCUAUUACUCUUUUACGAGAUUGUACGUCCUAUUCAAAUGCUAUUAUGAGUUACAUGCGUGGAUAGCUGCCCCAUGCUCUUUGUUUCCUGGUGGGUUGGUUUCAAGUUUCACUAUCUUUGAAUAUUUGGUUUCAAGUUUCUAGUAAUUUGUACUUAUAUUGUUGAAAACUAUUUUAUUUUCAUCGAGUCCAUGGUGUUAUAUUUUAAGCAUUUCCU